CCAAGCAGCAGCUACGAAAGACGAAGGACGACCGAGCCAUUUCCAUAUCCGGCGACCCCACUCCGGCAAACCUCCAUCUUCAACACUCUUUCUUCUUUCUUAUAGGUAAAUCAAACUCCAUUUCAUCUCAUUUUUAACUUAGGGUUUUGAAUGUUAAAUUUUUGGAAUUUUUAGAUUAUGAAAUGUUCAAAUUUGAUUUGAAAUUGAUUUUGACAUGUAUAUAUUUUGACAUUUGGGCAUUUGGGUGGAUUUGAAUGUAGCUAAAUUUGGGUAUUGAAAUGUUGACUUGAAUGUAGAUAUCAAAAUUUGGGUAUUUUCAUAUUGAAAUGUGAGUUGUUUGAGAAUCUUGACUUUUGGAUAUAUUUGAAUUGUUAUUAGAAUAUGGAUUUCUCAAGCUUCCCAAUUGUGUGUCAUUGGGGAGGGAACUAUUAUGAGGAUGCUGGUCAAAUGUGCCAUGAAGGUGGUACAACCACAUUUGUCAUGGUUUGUCGUGGUGCUUGCAUGCUCGAGAUCCUUCAAAAAAUACAUACAGCCACAAUGAUUCAUCCUAGCCGUUCUUUGCGUUUGAAAAUGAAAUUUCCCAUGAACGGGGAAAAGUACAUGCUUAUGCCCCUCACUGAUGAGCUAGCUAUAACAAAUAUGUGGGCCAUAGUUCAGAUGGAGGACAUGACAAUGCUUGAGAUAUACAUUGAGGAAUCCAUAUGUGACGCUUAUCGUACUCCAUCAACAUCAAAUUCUGUUGUAUCUAGGCAUUAUGUCAAUACAGGUGUGAAUGCUGGGAACUCCUCAAAUGCUCCUGUAAUGGACAUGGUUAUACAGGAAGAUGGUAAGUAUUUGCACAACGGUGCAUCAUUUGUGGAUGGGCAGGGAAGUGAUGAUGAUGAUGACGACAACAUCAAUGGUGAAGAUAUGACAGAAUCUGAUGAAGAUGAUGGUGAUACGGUCACGGCAACUACCCCGUCUACCCACUUUACUAGAAUGUAUGAUCUCCCUGAAGGCUUUACUGAUACGUGGCUGAGUGGAUCAGGUGAGAAAAGGUUUACCCCCGAAGGUGAGUUUGAGGUCGGUCAACAGUUUGACAACAAAGAACAAGUCAUCAAUAUGGUGAGCUUGUAUUCUAUCAAACGGUUUCAAUUUUUUCGGGUGAUAGAGUUCGAUAAACACAAAUGGGUGGCACAAUGCAAAACAAAAGAAAGAAUGUAAUUGCCCCUGGAGAAUACGCGCCACAAAGAACAAAGGCAACCUUGACACCUUCACAAUUGUGCGUUAUCCUGGACCUCAUUCUGCUACGUGUGUUGGGAACACCGACACUACCGAUCACGUGGCUUUGACUUCAGAUUUCAUCUGUAAAGAUGUGAUUGACAUUGUUCGCACUGAUCCUUCCCUUAAAGUGCAUACUAUCAUUGAGAUGCUGAAGGAAAAGUAUGGGUAUACGGUAUCAUACCGGAGAACAUGGAUGGGGAAGCAAAAGGCCAUAGCAGAAAUACUUGGCGGUUAGGAGAAGUCAUAUUCUGAAUUUCCCCGUUUCAUGACAGCGCUCCAACAUUCAAAUCCUGUAACUAUUGUGCAGUGGUACCCACCCCCUGAUACUCUCACAGGUUAUAUGCAGUUUCAAAGAGUUUUUUGGGCAUUCAAGCCAUCAAUACAUGGUUUUAAGCAUUGUCGACCCGUACUUACUAUUGAUGGCACACACUUGUAUGGAAAGUACAAGGGUACACUGCUCGUGGCCAUGGGUUGUGAUGCGAACAACCAAAUAUUUCCAGUGGCCUUUGCAGUUGUUGAAUCUGAGAAUGGGGAUAGUUGGCCAUGGUUUAUGGCAUGUAUUAGGCAGUUUGUCACUAAUCGGGAGUUGUGUGUCAUUUCUGAUCGGCAUGGAGGUAUUGUCAGGGCAAUGAAUGAGGUGGGCAGUACUUGGGAGGAGCCUUAUGCGCAUCAUAGGCUAUGUAUCCGCCAUCUUGCAUCGAAUGUGCACACUCAUUUCAAAGACAUUCAUCUAAAAAAUCUUUUUGUCUGGACCGCACGGCAACAUCAGAAAAAGAAGUUUGAUGGUGGGUUCAAGAAGAUAGGUGAAAUGAGUUUGGAGGCACGACAAUUUCUGGGGAACAUUCCCCGGAAAUGUGGUCAUUGCACCAUGAUGGCGGGUACAGAUACGGUACCAUCACUUCUAAUCUGGCAGAGGUUUUCAAUAGCGUGAUGAAAAAUGCUAGAUAAUUGCCCAUCACCGCUUCGGCCCAGGUUUCCUUUUACCGGGUUAAUGCUUAUUUUGUUAAUAGGCGUGAAACCAGUAAAAUGAGAGUGACAGAAGGCCACGAGUACUCCCCAUACAUCACAGAUUUAAUUAUUAAGAAUAGAGACAAGGCCAAGCAUCACAUAGUUACUCCAUUUGAUUUAGGCCGAGGGUUAUUUCAAGUGGAAACCGGUUGUGGUGGCCGAACGUUGGGGAAGGAUUUGAGAAAACAAACUGUCCAUCUGAAACGGAAAACUUGCACUUAUAAAAAGAUGGAGAUAUAUAAGAUUCCAUGCUCCCAUGUGUUAGCCGUGUGCAGACAACGUAGCUUGUCUUAUGCUCCAUUUGUGGAUAUGUUUUUCUCAUCUGACCAAUACGCGGCCACAUAUCAUAGAGUCUUCAAACCCAUUCCUGAUCGUGAUUAUUGGCCUACUUACAAUGGACCUGAAAUCGUGCACGAAUCAUCCAUGCUUCGGGCUAAGGGAAGACCUAAGUCCACACGUAUUAAGAAUGAGAUGGAUGAAGGUCCCCGAGGAACGGUUAGAUGUGGAAAAUGCCACCAAACCGGCCAUAAUAGGGCCACAUGUGCGAAGAGAUCAUCAAGACACGAUGUGUGGUCCAGUGGGCAUGCAGGUGACAGCGGAUCCUAGGUCGAGUGAUCAAGAUGACCAUGACAACUUCUACUUUGUCUUUUGUAUUGCAGUUUUUCUUGUACAACAUUUUAGAUAAUUUACAACAUUUUAGAUGUUGUAGGAACAAUUUACAAAAUGUUACGUAUUUUCUCUUGUAUGUUGUAUUUAUGUGUUCGAGUAUGAAUAUUAGAUGAUUAAUUGUUAUGAAUGUUUGAUGAUUGUACUGUGUUUUACCGGUGAGUUGUAUGUGUUUAUGUAUGUGUUUGUGAAC